AUGGCGCUGGGGAACGGUUCUUUCAUGACUCAGUUUAUUUUGAUGGGAUUGACAGACCAACCAGAUCUCCAGCUCCCGCUCUUCUUCCUCUUUCUAGUAAUGUAUGUGGUCACUGUGAUGGGAAAUUUGGGCUUGUUAAUCCUUAUUGGGCUGAGUUCACACCUACACACGCCCAUGUACUUUUUCCUCUUUAACUUGUCCUUCGUAGAUCUCUGUUAUUCUUCUGUGUUUACACCCAAAAUGCUGAUUAACAUCAUAUCAAAGAAGAAGAUUAUCUCUUACAUGGGGUGCAUGACCCAGCUUUACUUUUUCAGUUUUUUUGGUAUUUCUGAAUGCUAUGUGCUGACGUCAAUGUCCUAUGACCGCUAUGUGGCCAUCUGUGAUCCACUCUUGUAUAAUGCUGCCAUGUCCCCUAAAGUGUGUUCCAGCCUUAUGCUUGGUUCAUACUUGAUGGCAGUUUUGGAUGCCACGACCCUUAUUACAUGCAUGCUGAGACUGACCUUCUGUGAUGCAAACACCAUCAACCAUUAUUUGUGUGACAUCCACCCUCUGCUCCAGCUCUCAUGCACAAGUACCCACAUCAUUGAACUGGAAGUGUUCAUUGUGGGAGGCAUCAACAUUAUUGUGCCCAGUCUCACCAUCUUUGUCUCUUAUGGUCUCAUCCUCACCAACAUCUUCCACAUCAAGUCCACAGAAGGCAGGUCCAAAGCCUUCAGCACCUGCAGUUCCCACAUCAUUGCUGUUUCUCUGUUCUUUGGAUCAAGUGCAUUUAUGUAUCUCAGACCAUCUUCUGUGUCUGUGGAUGAUGGGAAAAUAUCCUCAGUCUUUUACACCAAUGUGGUUCCCAUGAUGAAUCCCUUAAUUUACAGCUUGAGGAACAAAGAUGUUAAGCUUGCUCUGAGAAAAACUUUGAGGAUGAGAAAGUUUUGA